UCCAGGUAUCACAGACAACGAUUUAACAUCAGCGUGCAGAUCAGCCAGGUAGCUGUUUGAGGCAAUUUCACAUUUAUAUCCAACAGAGAUUUUAUAUAUGUAUGCGUAUAUAUAUAUCCUUUGACACAACCGACUUUAAAAUUAGCCGGAUCACAAUGUCGAAGAAGACCAGAAAAAAGCAAGCUACAGGAGUACACUCUUUCUUGGAAUUUCAAAAUGAAGUUAAAAGGAAAGAGAUCGAGGAGGUAGAACAACUAAUAACGAAACUGGAAGCCAAGAACCAAGAACUUGUUAAACUGCGAGAUCAGUUGCGAGAGGAGCAGCAGCAAACGUUCAGGGUGCUGUACGACCAAACGAAGGAGCAGGAGAAGCAGCUCGAGGAGAAACAGCUGGUCAAUGAAGAACAAGUUGAACAAGCCAUCCAGCACAAUCUAGAGCUCAAACGCAUCCAGGAUGAAGAGCUGGCAGAGUUGAACAGGAAGCUGGUGAGUGUACAAGAGCAGGUCAUGGAGAGGCAGGUGUACCUGGAGCAGCAGCGGCAGCUAUAUGAGAGCGUGGACAGUGCUGAGCUUCAACAGCGGAUCCAAAACCUCGAGUCAGAACUCGUGGCUAAUGAGAAGAAAUUUCAGGCAAUGUCAGAACAUAUUGAGCGCUCUCAUAAAGCAGAGAUUUCUGAGAUUGACGAGAAUAUGUCCAAGCUGUUAGAAGAAGAGAUGCAGGUUGCAAGCAAGAAAUCAUUAAAACAGGUUGACCGGCACAAAUGUCCGGAGAUUAAAAGAAGGAACGAAUGGCUUAAGAGAGAGAUUGCUGUCUAUCAGGAGGAAAUUUCAGUACUGGAGGCAGAUGUGAAGAAUUUAGAGGAAGAGAACUUGGAGCUCGUGAAAGAACUGCUUGAAUGUCGCCUUCACAACGUCCAAAUCUCAAGCAACGCAUUCCUGACGCAGGGUCCAGACCUGGAACAUAAACUCAGCCUUCCUGGAAAAGCAGCGGAAAUUGGGAAAGAACAGCACCAGCAGUCUGGGGAGUUGGAGAAAGAUGAAAUGGAUCACAGCUGCAAGCCCUCCUCCUCAACUCACCACCCCAAGACACUACAGUGUAGCAGCCAGAGCAACCCCAGGGAACCACUGCACCUGGAUCCUUUGGAGCAGAGGAUGCUGUGUGUAGUUGGCCAGGCCAUGCCCCUUUAUCCUUUGCCAUCUGACUCUGAGGAUUUGGACACAACACACCUAGGCCUGUUCCAGGCACAAGAUGAGACUCUCGCAACAAAGAUGAUUCGCAAACAGUUCCAGUAAAAAACCACGGUUGCAUUCAAAACUCAACUUUUUAUUUUUGGCAACAAUAGACUGCAAAAACCUUUCAUUUGUAUGACUGGGAGAGCUUAUUAUUAGAAUUAAAUGCUUUUAUUUUAUAAAAGCAUAGAUAUUACCAUAUACCUUAUUACACUUGCCAUUUUUUGCCUAGUCAGUUAGGGAUGCAGAAAACCAAAUAGCAGGCCUGCUGAGCACAGUAGAGCUCUGACUUGCCUGGUGGACUAGCAAAAGGGUUUAUGACUUGUCCUGUAUACAAUUAUAAGUGUAAAUAAAUAACACAUAUAUUCCUAAGUAAGGCUGUUGUAAAUAAAAGU